GACUGGCCACGCUCCUGCUCUGUCGUCACGUCGACUGUCGGUUCCUCAGGGGGUGGGGGACCACUCUGUCGCUGUGGUUCCUCAGGGGGUGGGGGACCACUCUGUUGUUGUUCCUCAGGGGGUGGGGGUGAGGGACCACUCUGUUGUUCUGGAUUGUGUUGCUCGUCAGGGGGUGGGGGUGAGGAACCAUUUUUUGUCUGUUCGGACACACUUGCUUGGCCUUCUUGUCCACCAUCAUUGGUCUCUAUGGAAACGACUCUUGAACUCUCCACGACCUCUCGCUGCUCUUCAGCUGCUGCAACCCCAUUAACGAGGCCCCGCCCACCACCC